ACAUACAAAUUAUUAACAGUAACCUAUUUCACUGUUUGUGCUGUAAUCACUAUUUGCACACACUGGCUAUUUCGCAGUCGACGAGAGAAGUUCCUCGACCAACUUAUGCUUAUCGUGCCGGGAUCGCGAUCCGCUUUCCGACACCGACUUGCUUGGCUCGCCUCAUCCCUCUGUAUAACUGCCAAGCUCGGUGCCGCUAUGUCUACAAAAACCAUUGAUUCUCAUCUUCAUGUAUGGGCCAACGGAGACGAAGCAUCUCAGGCAUUUCCAUACGUCCAAGAGCCUCCAGAUAAUCUGAAAGAUUUGGCCAGCACGGAUGAGCUACUCAAGCAGAUGGACGCACAUGGGAUUGAUGGUGCUUUGAUAGUGCAGCCGAUUAACCACAAAUUUGAUCAUUCUUACAUUAUGGCUGCAGUCCAAAAUCACCCCAAGCGCUUUAAAGGGAUGCUUCUACACGACCCGUCGCUAUCUGCUGAAAAAGCAGUGGAAACGCUAGAGGACUUGGCGCUUAAAGGUUGUGUGGGAGUCCGAUUCAAUCCAUAUUUGUGGCCAAAGCUAUCUGCACAAUCAUGGGAGCCCAUGUCAAAAGGUUCUGGGUUGGCCGUUUACAAGCGAUGUGCGGAACUGAACAUGCCAGUAGGUAUAAUGUGUUUCCAGGGAUUAGAACUACACUAUGAUGAUAUUCUCGCCUUACUCGACUCAUCUCCAGACACUAUCCUGAUACUAGAUCAUUUCGGCUUCACGUCUCUUGAGAAGCCCUUGACCUUCAACAAACUUCUCGGACUGGCCAAGUUUCCUCAGGUAUACGUUAAAAUCUCAGCCCUGUUCCGGCUGAGCGAUACGUCUCCGUACGAGCGCGUCCGCGAGGAGCGUUUUCUUCCUCUACUUCAUGCAUUUGGAUCUGACCGGCUUAUGUACGGUAGCGACUUUCCUUUUGUACUUGAACAUCCGGAACAAUACGGAAUGGUAACGCGUGUGUCGUCCUGGAUCGAUAAUGAAAAAGAUAGGAUAAAUAUUUUGGGAGGAACGGCCGAAAAUGUCUUCGGUCCCUGGGGAAUCGAUUCCCCGAAGACAGAUAAAAAUACGUAG